AAUCUGGAUAUUUGAGAAGUUUUAUAUUGAAGAUGCCGUGUCCAAACAAGCGCUCCAGGGCAGCCAAAAAAAGACAGGCUGAUUUGAGGUCCAGUAAGAUGCUGGCUGAUGUCGCUGAGUCAGGACAGACUACAGUGGACCGAGAUACCGAGGUUUUGCCAGCGCUACCUCGUAAAAAUAAAGCAAGGGCCGAGGUUUUGCCACCGCUACCUCGUAAAAAUAAAGCAAGGGCCGAGGUUUUGCCAGCGCUACCUCGUAAAAAAAAGGCCAGUGCUCCGCAGUCUUCGGACGCCAACUUUGUUCCCGUACUGCUCCCGUACUGUUCACGUACUGCUCAAACUCAGCCAAACUCUGCUGAAACUCUGCUCAAACUCAGCCAAACUGCUGACUCUCUGAAUAUGUGCCAUGACUCUGCAAACCCACUGUCAAAUACUUUGACUUCUAAUGCUACUAAUGAUUGUUUGAUUGAAUCUGUUGACUUCCCAGAGAGAUCUGUGCUGAUGGGGUCCUUUCAUCAAGGCGAUUCACGGUUUGGAAAUGUGCGCAACAAGCAGUGUGGUGCCAUCAGUUUGACUGCUGUUUUGAAGUCCAAGAUGAAGAACGUGUGGAGUUGGGAAACUCGAGAUCUUGAUGAUGUUUUGAUUAAGGGAACUGUUCUUUACAGGUCAAUGAGUGCACAGGGUAAAAUAAGAGACCAAGGAAGGGGUUACAUUGCUGUGUCUGAAUUGCCUAGACAAUAUGAAGUGUGGAAUUGUGAUUUCUCAAUAAACUUUGCUGAUUCUUACACUGGAUUUAUUCAGGUUGAUGACUAUGACGAUGCUUUACGUGAUGUUGCCAUGCCUUUUGAUGUAGCACUGCAGCGGGCGCUGUUUAGCAAUGAUGCUUCUCUGCAGAUUUGA